CUUAACCCUUAAGUUUGAAAGCUGGGUGGUGCUUCUGCUCUUUUUCUCAGGGAGUCUCUCCCUGCCGGCGGGAUAGAGGGAGACGUCAGACCUGGGCCGGCAAUGACAGCAUAACUAGCAGCAGGUUCACAGCUAAAUAGAGUAGGUUUAUAUCAGAUAUAAGGAAAAAUUCCAAUGAGGGUGGUGAGAAGUUGGAAGAGGUUGCCUUGAGAAAGUUGUGGAUGCCCAUCCCUAUAAAUGUUCGGGGUCAGGCUGUAUGGACUAGUCGAAACGGCAGGGGGCUUAGAACUGCAUGGUCUUUGAAGGUCCUUUUCCAAACUCUUCUGUGAUCCCAUGAUGUUUGCAUCAUUUAAAAAAUACAAAAAAAUUGAAGGAGGUGUUUGCAGGACUAGGCAAAAUCAAGUUAGAAUUCUUCUGGAGAAAGAUCAGCAAGACUCAAAAUUUGUCAAGAGUUAAUAGAUAGGAAUUGCCUGGUUUAUAGCAGAGUGAGAAUCAAGACCCAUUUCUGAAUUGUCCGUGCUCCAAGUUAUGUUUCAUUCCAGAUCAAUAUCCAAACUUGGAAUGGUUUGGGCUGCUUCUUGUUAUUCUUUUUCAACCACACAAGCACAAACUUAGUCCUGUUUUAAAAUUACUUGGUAUGUUAGUAUUCUCACUGUGCAGCAGACUUGCCCAUCUCUUGCAGUCACCACUCAUAUCACUGCCAGCUGAGUAGCUGGUUUGAAGAUGAGAAUCCUCCUUCCAAAUAAAUAUUUAUUCACCUAAGUUGCAUGAAUGCAACUUUAUCACGAAGUAUUGUGUUGCUAAAGUUUUGCAGGUGUUCAAAAGCAGCUGAGUAGAAAUCCCUGAACAGAAGAAGUGCUAGCAAAUUACUGGACCUUCAGCUGGCUGGUGAAGAUUGAUGCUUAAUCAUUAGGUCAUUUCAGUUUUCUACUUUAUUUCUUUUCAUAUGGUGCUACCUUUAGAAGUUUUAAAUAACAAAUACUGCAGGGCUGAACUGAAAAUCACGAUAGAAUUGCCAUUAAGAAAAAUAGACUUUUAAUUUUUCUUCAUUAAGAAAACCUGCUACUUUGAGAGGCAAGGCUCGUGAGGCAAAGCAGACGCUUAGGAUAAUGAUGGGAGGUUUUUCACUUGUAGAUCAUUCCUGUGCUGUGCCACGUUGUGCUUAUCUGCAGAGACUACAUCAAGGGUGUUUGUUCUAGAAAAGUGCUGCCCUUCCUCUGCAUGGCCCCUUCCCCAGCCACAUCUUGUUCUUUCCACAGUGUGCUAUUACCUACAAUUCUUGGUUGGCUCUGCAGCCACCUGACUGUUGUUGUUUGAGACUUACACAUUAGCCCAUUUUUGUCAGAGUCUCUGCACCUCUGUGGGCUUAAGUUGACCAAAAGAUUAGUCACAGUCUAUCAGCUAUAAGCCACAGUUUUAAGUCUUAGAAUAUUAAAUUAGGUCAAGAACCCAUCUUGAGGCUAUGGUGCAGCAGCUGUGUGUGGUUAGGAUGGUUUCUAGGUGUGCUACAACUGUCUUGGAGAUAAAGAGGAUGGUCAUGUUAGUGAAACUGCCAGUCUGCUGCCUUUCGGUGUGCUCAACCAUAACGCAAAAGCAGAGAAGUAUAGAGGAUGUUAAACAGGCAAUAUUUUCUUUCUGGAUGCACAUACAAUACAAGGCAUAGCAGGAAAAGUCUGUUUCUCACAGGACAACAAAUCACUUCUGUCACUUCAAUAAACAGUGAAAAGGCUUGUUGAUGAAUGAGGAGGAUUAUAUAGGCUGAAGCUUGAACUCUGAACCAUUAAAAUAUCUUAUCCAACCAGUCAGACUGGGAGCACAACAGAGACACUGGUGGGGGAAAUUAAAAGUUGCAGCCAUUUCUGCUUUUACAUAUGCUUACCCUGAAUAUUUAACUCUUUGCCUUUCAUACUCUCCUGCACAGCAUGGAGGUGUAGAAACUGGAAGAAGGAGGAAGAUUUUCAGUUGUCAUAUUUUUAAACAGGAAUCUGAAUAGGUUUUCCUCCAGGUGCUAUUGAGGAAGGUGCCUAUGGAAUGUAACUAAUUUCAGUAAGUAACUCAUUUAUAUGAGGAACUGUUAUUUGCAUUUUACCUACUAUUUAAUGGAAAAUUAAGUAUAAGACAGAUUGCCUGCUCCUUUGUGGAGAAAACACUGCAGAGGAUCAAUGCAAGUUAGUACAGAAUGAGAGGAAAGCUGAAACUAGAGUGUAAGCCUACGUUCUGCAGCUGUAAUGAUCUUUAUAAUUCAAGAAAAUUUUGAGUCUAGAAGAUGUCUUUCCUGCUUUCUCAGGGGAUAAAAAACCAUAUCGCAGGACUAUUUUGCUGCUACUAUUUUGCCCACUCCUGCCAAUGUCUGUAGAGAGAUCAAGCAAUGAAAAAAUUCACUCCUGGUUUUCAUCAUUUUGUGCACAUGGAUAAUGCUAAGGAUAAGUCUCUCCUAAAUUAACUAUUGUCUUUUGAUGCCUAAAAGUAUUGAUUGUGAAAAUUAAAAUUUUCCCCACAACGACAUAAUUAUAUGCAGUGACAAACUGUUAACGGGAGUAGGUGAAUUUGGCUAAAAGAGUUGGCACAGAUCACAUCCUCUGCUCCAUCUUCCCCAAGCCACCUGCAUUGAGUUGCUGACUGUGAAAUGAAGUUUGUCUCUCAAGGACAAGUAGGUUGCAUGCUGUUUACUCUUUAAAUGCAACUGUCUCUCACUCCUGUGAAAUAGGUUAGAAAAUAAUCUUGUGUACACUCAUAUAACCAGGACUCUGGAAUCUGAAACGCUUAACACAAGAUUUAUUAGAGAUAGGGGAGGGCAGGCCAACAGCUGGCACUUGUGAUUGGUUUAGAAGAAAGUCCUCAGAACUAAAAUGCUGAGGUGUGAUGACGUUUACAACCCAUGGCUGCUGAGGACACCAGCAGAGCACAGUGGAGACCCCAAGGGCAUCAUGGCAGGAAGAGGUCACAGAGAAGUUCAGGAAUAUUGUCUGCUGUGGUUGGGGAGUUCAGAGUAGUGUGAGAAAAGGGCAGGGGAAAGCCAAACUUACCAAAGUUCUGGCAGAAUGUAUGGAGAGCCCGAUCAGGAGGGACACCGAGAGGCAAGGCAGAAUGGGAAAAACCCUGCGUUUCUGCAGUCUGCUGUAGCAUGUUUUGAUAUUAUUAUUUUAUCUUGUUCUUCAUUUGGAGACUGUGUUCCCGAUGGAGGGCUUUUUCAGCCUCUGGAGGCUUUGUACAGAUUUUCUGUUCCGAAGAGCCCAUUCUUUCUAAAUGUAUACCUGUAACCAGAAGCAUAUGAAUUCUGUUUAUUACAUAACCUGUCCCUCUUGAUCUGUAUUGGUCUGCCUUUCAAACCCCACUGCAGGUGCCUGCUCGAGGGCUCUUUGCUGUGCCUGUCUCUGUAGUCAGCCCAUGAGCAGCUGCGGUGUGGAAGCCAGGCAGACCCGUUCUGCAAGUGUGUGCCUUCGUGUCAGCUAUGUGUUGCAUGUCCCUGGAGAGACAGCUGAGGAGACCUAGAGAAGCAAAGAACCAAAGCUGGGCAGGACUGGAGUAGAAAAGUCAGUGAGGAGAAAUUUAGUCAUAAAAAAUUACAACCGUAGCAAGGUAAUCAUCAGCGUUACUGGGAGUGGCCUCACAAACUGGGAACCGGCAGCUGGAGAGCUUCAGGAAAAGACCAACCGCAGGGCACGGGAAGCAGUGUCAUUCAGGCUCUGGAUUUUCAUCUACAAGUGCAGAAGAGGUACAGAUGCUGUGCUUCAGAAUACCCACAGACUUGGCAGUGCUCAGAAGUUGAUACCAGAGAGCCCUAAUGGAAGUGGGGGUUGGAGUCCUGCUUGAUUGUAGCUGAGAAUGGCAGUGGAUGUGAAAGGAUUCUCACGGAUGCUGCUGGAAUGCAAUAACAAUGACAAGCUGUGUGUUGUGCGCGAAUAUCAAAUGGAAGUGAUCGUUGUCCCAGUUCUCCUGGUGGGAUUUUUUGUCAUUGUGCUCACUGUGAUCCUUUGGCUCCACUGCCGUGGCCUGCGAGCAAAGCAGGAGCAAUCAGCACCAGCUAGAACCCAAGUGACGAAAAAGAAUCAGGAGGAACUUUGCUCAACAGAGAACUGCUACGUCCAGCUGAGUGAGAGAACUUUGGCGAGCCUGUUAAAUUCUGCAUCCUUGACUCUGAAAGAAUUAGAGAUACCACGAGAGAAACUCUUACCAGACACCUUGCAGCUGAUUAAAGUUGGUGCCUUUGGGAGCAUCUACAGGGCUCAGUUGGAAACUGGGAGCUCUGGGAAGACUAAGACUGUGGUAUUGAAAGCCUUGCAAGACCCAGCUAGUCCCCAGAAAGUAAAGGAUUUUUUGGGAAGGAUUAAAUUCCAUCAUAAUGUUGGCCAUCAUGAGAACCUGGCUGAAUUGGUUGGAUGUUGUAUAGACCAGCUCCCACUUUAUAUGAUCAUGGAAGAUGUGUCUCUUGGUGACUUGCUGACGUUUCUGUGGACAUGUCGGAAGAAUGUAAUGGCAAUGGAUGGUGUCCCCUAUGACCUCACUGAGAGACAGGUAUAUGAGAUUGGACAGCAGGUUGUAGCAGCUCUGGCUUAUCUUGAAGAAAAGAACUUGUUCCAUGGUGACAUUGCUGCCAGGAAUGUCCUCCUUCAUCACAACUUCACUGCUAAGCUCUGUGGUUUGGGCCUGGCCUAUGAAACUCACACACAUGGUGCCAGCUCAGACACAUGGAAAGUGCCUGUCAAGUGGCAGGCACCAGAGAGGCUCCUGAGAAAACCCCCUACCAUCAAGGCAGAUGUAUGGUCUUUUGGAAUUCUACUGUAUGAAAUGAUUACAUUAGGUGCUCCGCCAUAUCCUGAGGUGCCACCUUCUGACAUCUUACCAUACCUGCAGAAACAGAACAUUAUGAAGCAGCCCUCGAGCUGCCAGCAAGCCAUGUACUGCAUCAUGAAGUCCUGCUGGCAGUGGACUGCAGCUCACCGGCCUUCUCCAGCACACCUGUUGUGCUCCCUGAAAACAGCUAUGAAGACCAGCAAUGGGCACACAGUGCUGCAGGUGCCUGAGCCAGUGGUGCCUGAACUCUAUGCUGAUGUUGCUGGUGUUGAUGUAUACAGCCUGGUGAGGGAAUACACGAUCCUCUGAAGGGUACUUUCAUAUUUUGGUAAAGGAGAAAGAAUUCUCAGUAUUUUCCCUUUCUAAGUAUUUUUCAAGCUGAGAAUGAGGUGUGUACGUUGGAAGGGAUCAUUUUGUUCUUCAAACGUCUAUAAAAUCUCUCCUCCAUGCCAGACACAAGAAACUGUUAGCAUUAUUGUUAAAUGAUCCUGUUGGUGUCAUUUGGGAAUAAAGUGUUUAGGAAGCUGUAGAAAAUGUAAUGAGAAACUUGAGUUAAAGGAAUGUUAGGUUUGUGUGGCAAGGUUUUGGUGAUGGGGUGGACUGCAGAGGAGACUUCUGUGAGAAGAUGCCAGAAGCUUCCCCCAGCUCCAUGAUGGACCUGCUGCUGGUCAAGGCUGAGCCCUUCAGCAACACUUUUAGCACCUCUGUGAUUAUGUAUUUAAGAAAGUGUAAAAGAUACUGCACAACAGCAGGUGAAAGAGAGGAAUGUGACUGUGAGAGGAACAGCUCUGCAAACACCCAGGGCAGGACAGAAGGAGGGGCAGGAACUGCUCCAGGCUCCAGAGCUGAGAUUCCCCUGAGAUUCUGUGGUGCAGCCCAUGGAGAGGCAGCUGAGCCCCUGCAGCCCCUGGAGGAGCCCACACCAGAGCAAGGGGAUGCCUGAAAGAGGCUGUGACUCCAAGGGAAGCCUGUGCUGGAGCAGGGUCCUGGCAGAAUCUGUGGAGAGAGGAGGCCUCAUUGGAGAAAGACUGCACCUUAUGGAAAGAGACUCAUGCUGGGGCACGUAAUGAAAAACAACACUUGGGAAGAACUCAUGUUAGAGAAAUUCCUGAAGGACCUAGUCUCCUUUGGAGGGACCCCACACUGGGGCAGGGGAAGAGUGUGAGGAGUCCUCCCCCCAAGGAGGAAGGAGCGGCAGAGACAAUGUGAGAUGAACUGACCAAAACCCUCAUUGUCCCUGCUGGAUGAAAAGAGGUAGAGAAAUUGGGAGUGAAGUUGAGCCUGGGGAGAUGUGGAAGAAAGUGUUUCAAGAUUUGGUUUUAUUUUUCAUUAUACUUCCUAAUUUGAUUAGCAAUAAACUAGUUUUUCCUACGUUGA